GUCCCAAACUCGACUGAGCCCCGCGGACGCGAACCGCCUCCCCGCGCACGCAUCUCGCGUCGCCUUCUGCUUCGCCUUCGCCUUCCGUCCGUUUCCCAAUUCCCACUCGCGUUACACCAACCAACCACUAGCGCCCGUGCCUGUGCCCCACACACACGAGCACUAGCAGCAGUAACGCUCACGCGCGCCCGCCCGUAUAAGUAGCGCGCUCGGAGACGGACACGGAGCAUCAGAACCGACGACACCCGACGCGACAAGCCAACAGCCUCCCCUAGUCCCCUGCGCCGCUCCAGAUAUCCUUCUAUCCACACCCGCCAUGAGGUUCGCGUGCUUCGGCGGUGCGGCGGCCGUGGCCGACGAGGCGGUGGCUGCGACGACGACUCACCGGACUCCUCGCCGCCGGUGGCGGUUCUUCUUCGGUAGCAAGGGCGAGAAGUCGCCGUCGACGGGGACCAAGAGGAUCACGUCGCCAGGCCGCCGGGCAACGGACUACGUUGCAUACGACAUGAUCGCUGCCAGCGCGGGGAAGUCGUCGUCCGUGCCGUCCUCGUCCGCGCUCAGCACCGCGUCGUCGCUGGACUCGGCCUCCUCCUCGUCCUCCUCCUCCCGCUCCUGCUCCCGGUCCUCCUCCUCCUCCUCGUUGUGCUUGGAAGUGGUGCCAACGCCGGCGAAGAAGCGGCCGGACGAGAAGAGGUCGCCCGCGGUCGGCGUGGCGGCGGUGCUGGUGUGCCUCUUGAUGAUGAUGUUCUGCGGCCGGCUCGUGGCCACGCUGCUUACCACCGCGGUGCUCUGCUUCUUCCCGCGAACAUGGCCGCCUGCCAGGGCCAGGGCGGCCGAGAGCCUGCUGCUGGUUGCGUCGUCGCCGGAGCACGGCACGGCGUCGAGGAGACAAGCGGAGACGAUCAAGACCAAGGCGGUUAUGGAUGGGUUCCUUGCGAGGAACCGCAAGAAGUGAUCCAUCUUCCGACUUCUCCUUUUUUAUUUAGCACAGCAGUUCCUUUAUACUGUAUUUUUUUGUCCGAGAAUUUAUGUAAUUAUAAAUUCGGAUUAAGACUUACACUAACAAAUACGACCUUUAUUUUCUCUA